AGAAGGGCAAGGCUUGACUUGUCCUUUUGCUGGAUUUUUGCAUUUCAGGGCAGGACAGCUUUUCCACACAUCAUAUCUGCAGCCACAGCUGGAGCAGGUGGCAAUCACCUCCAACGGCAGGCCUCAGAGAGCAGGGAAAACAAAUAUUUACUCUUUGUUUAUAAGGAUACAGUGCCAAUAUUUCCAGGCCAGGCAGGGCAGGGAAAAUGCAAGCGGUGCCUGCUCCUGCGGCCACAGCGGGAGCUGAGGCUGCUCCGGCGAGGUGUUCCUGAGCAGCCAAGGCCCUGUGAGGUUAUCACUGUUUGCCUUGCAGUGUGAUAUUCAUGUCCCAGCUGGAAAUUUCCACUAGACUACACCGUUUGAGCACAGCUCUGAGGUGCGUUGGUUAACACUGCCCGUGCACCUCUGCCACCCAUGGAGAUGCCACCUUACCUCAAAAAGCAAUGCAAUUAAAAAGCCUCAAGGCGCCCUUCCGCUCUGCCUCACAUUUGUCCUACUUACUACUGGCCUGCAAUGUCUGUUUCCCUGCAGGAAGCUGAAAGCAAUAUACAGGUGCCAGCCAGGUGGACUCUGGGUCUUCUUCAGCCUCCUCAUCCUCUUCUUGGUCAUGCUUCAGGUUGCAGAGAAGCUGCAGCCUGCCAGAAACUGCCAGUGUGAGCUGGAGCGUGCCCUGCAGCAGACCACAGACCAUGGCCAGAAGCAGCUGAAGGAUGCCCUCCAGACCCCUGACGUGCUGUGGGAGGAUGGCUCCCUGUCCUGGCAGAGAAAACCCGUGCCCGACACCACCUUGAGUGAGGGCACACAAGACAUUCUUCAGUCUCAACCAUACCUCAGCCAGGAGACCCCACUGGAAACCAGCCCAGGCAGCCAAGACGAGCACUGGACCUUGCUGCCUGUGGAGAGCAGCAAGAAGGUGAAAGCUCAGCUGUCACCCACGAGGCUGAAAUCCCAGCUUCCUGGCCUGAGAAAAGCAACCAGAGAGGGCCCUUCUCCAGGCCUUCCUGGGGGAACCUCCACAGUGUUGGGAGAUGCUGGUGCUGUCAUCAGCAAGUUCAUAACCUUUGCAAACAGGAUGACCACAGAGGAGCACCAGAGACUGUCACCACCAGCAGUGACACGGGUGGUGGUACAGAGCCAGCCUCAGCCUCAAGCCAUAGAUUCCCCCCAAGACCAGUGGGGCAGCUCACUUAAACACACCAUGCCAAAUCCUGCUCAGGCUCCACAGGCAGAGGACUUCCACAAGACACACACGGAGAGGGGAUUAUUCCCAAGCCAGACAAAAGUCCCUAAGGUUGAGGAGGUGACACCUGGAGACCAGCAGGGCAGAGGAGUCUCCUCUCAAGGGCAGAGAUGUGAGCCCAAGACUGACAUUGUUUUCCUGAAGGUCCACAAGAGCGCCAGCAGCACCGUCAUGAACAUCCUCUUCCGCUUCGGCGAGACGCACAACCUCACCUUUGCCUUCCCCAAUGGAGGGGGUAACCAGCUCUUCUACCCACGCCACUUCUUGGCCAGCUUCGUGCAGGGCUUCUCCCCCUGGAACCCUCAGCGGUUCAACAUCCUCUGCCACCACAUGCGGUUCCUGCAGCCAGAGGUGCAGAAAGUGGUGUCCAGCUCCGCUGUCUAUUUCUCCAUCCUGAGGAACCCUGUGCAGCUCAUGGAGUCCUCCUUUGUGUACUACAAGGGCACAUCAGCUUUCUCCCGCGCCCGCAGCCUGGAAGAGUUCCUCAGCCAGCCCUACCAUUACUACAACCCUGCAAACAGUGACAGCCAUUAUGCCAAGAACCUCAUGACGUUUGACUUUGGCUUCAACCCCGAUGGAGAGGCCUCUGCUGAGCGGGUGCAACUCAUGCUGAAGGUCAUUGAGACAUCCUUUGACUUCCUUCUCAUCUCAGAGUACUUUGAUGAGUCCAUGGUGCUGCUGAAGGAGAUGUUGUGCUGGGACCUGGACAGCGUUGUCUCCUUCCCACUCAACAUCAGGGACAGCAGCACCAAGUCGCCCCUGCCAGACAGCAUUGUGGAGAAGAUAAAGGACUGGAAUAGGCUGGACUGGGAAAUCUACAUCUACUUCAACAGGACCUUCUGGGAAAGGAUUGACAGGGACAUUGGCAGGGAACGCAUGCAGCAGGAAGUAAAGGCACUUCGGGUCAGGCAGGCAGAGCUGGCGAGGACCUGCCUGCAAGGGACAGGCAGCGUGGCCCCAAAGGACAUCAAAGACUCUUCCCUGCGCCCACUGCAGCACGGCAAUGCAAAGAUCUUGGGCUAUAACCUCAAGCAGGGCUUGCAUAAGGAGAUGGAGCACACGUGCCGGCGGCUGGUGACCCCAGAGCUGCAGUACAGCAGCAUCCUCUACAACAAGCAGUUUGCCCAGAAACAGCCCCAGACCCACCAGCCCAGUCCCUCCCAGCAGGACAAUGCCCUGAAGAACAAGUUGAAGGGCACCCAAAACUGAGCCUCCUUGUCCCAUCCAGGCAUGGUUCUCCAGCUGUCUUUGCCAAGGACAGUGAGGCGCCUGUCCACGAGAGCCCCUGCACACCUCUGUCCAUGCAAGGCUGUGCAUUAGCUCUUGGGUCCACUGGUGCAGAGCAGGACGUGCUACAACAGGGGUUCCCAGGGGUGCAACAUGACACAACUCUUCCAGGUAGGCCCUGAGCAAGCAGGGCAAACCCCCCAUUGGCAGCUGAGCCCUUAG